AUGUCUUCACCCCCUAUGGCCACCGUCGGAAGCCAAGAGAUGCCAGAAGUAGCUGAUGCAAUUAUGGCUAUACGGCGAGAUGUUGGUGCCUUGAGGGUAGAAAUCAGUCAAGGCCUUGACAAAGUACGCGAUUCGAAUUUGGGAUUUGAAGAGCGGCUCCUUGAUGUCGAAGAGACGUUUUUGAAAGACUUCACUACCCGACUUGACUCUCUAGCACUCGACAGCAUGACCACCCGAGUCGACAUACAAGCUCUGGGGCUGGAUAUUGACCAGGCCCAUGACCAUGUAUGCACCACGCUUGACGAGCUUCGCAGCGGAAUAUUCAAAGCUGUGCAAGACUCGGACGGAGUUAUAUCUGGCAGACUUGACAGAUUGUCAAAGGCCAUCAUCGACGUCAACAGUCGAUCCAAACAUGCCUUUCUGGAGAUUGGCCGAGGCCUUGAUGUGAACCACCAUGCCUUUGUAACAAGGCUCGACGAAGUAUCCGAGGAUAUCAAUUCGACUGUCUGUAGAAAGAUCGACAACGUAAACGACAAUCUCAACAAGCUCGUUGUUGAGACAAGAGACCACCUGCAGGAUCGGUUUGAUGAGGUCCAAGAGGAAGUGGAGAGCUCACGUCGCCGAAUACACGAGAAAUUGAACAAUGUACACGAGGCCCUUGCUGGCAUCAUGAAUAUUUCACGAGACAAAGUCCUUCGCAAGAUGGAGCGGACCACAUCAUUGCUCAGCUCAAUGCAACCGCUGAUGCGCGAGCUGAGGAAGAGCCAAAAAGGGUAG